UCCCAUUGGUCCCCACCGGACCGGCUGCACGAGAAUAGGGGAAGUUUUGGAGUUAACAGGCAGCUGAGUUCAGUGUCUGAGCUGGCCGUCUGACAAGUGGUUUUCCGCUGAGAAUUAUAGUACUGAAAACGGGCAGUUGCUGCGUUUCUUCGCUGAAUUUUGCAUAUUUUCUGUAAGUUUCAGUAUCGAAGUAAUGAUUGCCACAUUCAGACUUAAAAAUUGAAAAAAAAGGUCAAAUCGGUCGUCCGCUGCGGUUUGUUUUCUCUCCCGGGUGUGUCGUGAGUAAUUAGUUAAUUUGGAUCACCCGGUGCUCCCGAUUAAACCUGUGGAGAAACCUGGCCACAAGUCGCCAGGUGCACGGCGACAAAGGGCUGCUGCGCGCUUCAUCGUUUCAACUGUUCUGUAACUCAUCUUAACUCUGCCAGAUCCAACAUGUACAGCAUAAUGGAACACGAGCUGAAGCCGACCGGCCAGCCACCGUCUCAUCAGACCUCCCAAGGAAUGUCACCGGUCACCGGCAACAUGACCGGGAACAUGGGCACCAACGGCAACUCACACCCGAGCUCCAAAACGGCAUUAGCACCUGGAGGCGACCCCAUGGAUAAAGUCAAGCGGCCCAUGAACGCUUUCAUGGUCUGGUCCAGGGGACAGAGGCGCAAGAUGGCUCAAGAAAACCCCAAAAUGCACAAUUCUGAGAUCAGCAAGCGGCUGGGAGCGGAGUGGAAACUUCUGACCGACGCCGAGAAACGGCCCUUCAUCGACGAGGCCAAGCGGCUCCGGGCCGUCCACAUGAAGGAGUACCCCGACUACAAGUACAAGCCACGCCGCAAGACAAAGCCACUGCUGAAGAAGGACACUCAGGUGGGUAAGUACCCGCUGUCAGCCGGUAACCUGCUGGCGGCUGCGGCUGCGCAAGGCCAAGGUGGAAGUCCGAGGAUGGAGAGCUACGGCUGGGGCCCCACCGGUGGGUACGCCGGUAUGCAGGGCGAGGCGCUCGGCUACACACAGCAGCUACACCGGUAUGACCUGUCAGCUCUCCAGUACCCACCUGCAAUGACGGCAGCACAGACGUACAUGAACGGAGCCAACUCGUACAGCCCCAUGUCCUACAGUAGCAGUCCCCAGCAGCCGAGCCCUGUGACCAUGUCCAUGGUGAAAGCAGAACCUGUGUCCCACUCACCUCCGACGGGGACACCAAACCACCAUCGGGGUCCUCUGCAGGGUGACCUCAGGGACAUGAUCAGCAUGUACAUCCCAGGACCAGGAGGGGAUGCCGGUGACCCCACAGCAGCACAGAGGGGCUACAGCAGUGUCCAGCAGCACUACCUCACUGGAACCGUCCCACUCACACACAUCUAGAAUUGAACUGGGAAUCAUGGGGGAGGGGAGGGGUGGGGUGGGUGAAGAAGUUGGAGUCCAGUGUGGUGGACUUUACUGGCAAAGAGACACAAGAUGUGAAGAAAAAAUACAUUUUGUUCCUGCAUUCAGGGCUCUUAUAGUUCCACAUGUGUCUGCAAUUAAAGGCACAAGAUCACUACAUUUUUUUUUAUUUUAUAAAGCAGUUUUUUCUACCUCUUUGGUGCCACAUCUGUUCAGAUAAAUACCACACACACCUGCCACCACACGUACAGAACUGAGACUUCUUCCUGCCCACCGCCCUCCAGCAGACUUCUCUCCAUGAAGGACUGCAGUGAAGACGGGGACAAUGUCUGUUUAUUGUGUACACAUUAGGAAAUGUUACUUUGCCUUUUUAUAUUUUUUAGAAGUUAUCCGUAAUAACUUAAAAUCAAAGACUCCUUAAUACCUCCCUAACUUGUGACACUGGCACUCAUUACAGUUCCACCAUACCCAGUCAGUGCCUGUAGACUGGUUCUGUUAUUGGGUUUAGUCUUCCAGUGUUUGACCAUACAGCCAGUCCCUGCCAUGUACAACCACAGCACAGAGACAAAUAAAAUGCCAACUUGGUCCAUGGAUCAGAAUCUCUCAGCUAGUGACAGACAAAUCACCUGAGCUGAAGUGCUCUGGUUGUUGAAUUGUUGUUGCUGUCCUAAUGUGUGAGUGGAGCUGGAGAACAGCUGGGUGGGUAGAAUGGGAAGGAAAUGCACAACUUGAAUAACAGAGGUGUUUUUUUUAAAAUGAACUCUUUGUGCCUUGGCUUUGGUUUAGUACUCUUGUAUUUUUAUAUUUUUUUAAUUGAUGAAAAUUUUGGAUGACAUGGAAAACACCUGUUGGACAAUCAGCACUGCAUUCACUGGAAAUGAACAUAAAACACUGGCUUCUAUGAUCUACGGUGUUGCUUAGAAUGUAGAACCAGCCUGGUUCCUUCGUUCUCUAUAAAGUGUACAAAAUGCUGAACAGUAGGUCUAGUGAAAGUCUCCACACUCUCACCAGAUCUCUGGAUUUACAACUUUGAGUCUCAGAAGAUGUGUGACACUGUUUUUGCUGCCUGUAUGUUUUUAUUCGCUAUAAUUAGUUUUAGAUUGGACUUUUUUGAUGUAAAUGUUCAGUUGUGUUGUUCUGGCAUUGUCCUGAGUUGCUCUGUGUAUUCAUUGUCACUUUGCUCUAGGCAAUAGGCAUUGUAUAGGCUGAUCAUUUAAGUGAAUGAAAUUUGAUAUGAAAGGCUGUAUUUCAGUUGAGUAGUUUUACUCCAAAUAGCACAUUAAGACUUGCAAGUUAUAUCUUCCAAGUACGCUGAACUGACAAAAGCCUUCCAGGCAUGUUUUUAAUGGCCUUUCUAAGUGUUUUUACCACCAGCAAAGAGAAUAUAUCAAAUUAAAUUUUCAGAUUAUAUCUCUAACAAACCUUCCAUUUUGUUUCUAAACUUUAUUUCAGAUAAUUUUACCUGUGGAUAAUUAAAUCAUUCUAUGAAAGAAUAAACUACAGUGUUUUUAAUCCUAGUUCUCUCAAACCGACAGUACUGUCAUUGUCUGUUUUUCUGUCUGGUUACUAGUGCUGCUAUGGACCUAAAGGGAGCUUUUUUUGUAUAUUUUCAACCUACAAAAACUGCGAAUGCUGCAUGUGGUAGACUAUUUACAGUUCUUUAGUUUAAAGCAUUCAUUACUAACUACUGUAAACACGCACUAGAAACAGAUGCCUGACUUAUUUUUGAAAAGGGGGGAGAGCAGGUAUAUUUAAGUAAUACGUGAAUGUUUACAUUGCUACCCGAGUAUUUGAAAAUUAACUGUUACACUGACUUGUAUCUCUAUUUUUAGAAUGAAUUCUCUUUUUGUAAAUGCUGCCAGAUACUAGAAUUACUGUAUGUAGCAUUCAUGUAAAUAAUGUAUACAUUUUUAGGCUCUUAUACUAAGAGUCUUGAUUCCUUUUUGAUUAAAAAAUCUUUGUUAUGGCAUUCAUGACAAUAUUAAUAAAAAGUACAAAUCCUUUUUUCAUUUA